CUAACACUACUUUUUAAACAUUUGUAUUGUUUCUCUGACUUCAGCUUGAGAGCAGAUAUGUCUGUCAUCACUGUUGUAGCACUCCUGGUUUUGCUGACAAUACCUGAAGGUAUCAGUGUGGGGGGUCCUGGAGGGCUUGACAGAUGCGUAUGUCUCAGCACGGAGAAAAAGCCUAUUGGACGCUUCAUAGGAAUGGUGGAGGUGAUACCUGUAAACUCCUACUGUGACACCAUUCAGAUUAUUGCCACUCUUAAAAAGGGUGGGAAAGUUUGUCUGGACCCUGAUGCUCGUUGGGUCAAAAAAGUGCUUGAGAAACUGUCUGGGCAGACACCUUGAAGAAUAAACCUUCACCCACUUGACUCAUUGGGAAAGAAGAAUCUUUCAGAGUCACAUUUUCAUGGAUCGCAAUGAGCACAGUUUUCUGGAUGGGAAAGAUUAAUGAGGCAGGUGUGAUACAAAAGGGGUGACUAACCAGUUUUGUCAUUUCCUGUGUGCCACAACUGGGGGAAAAAAGACAUGGUGACACAAAUCUACUAUAUUCUUUGCAUUAUGUUGAAUUUUGUAUGUCUUUUCACUUUAUAGGAGCUGUUUUGUAAGCAACUAAACGCUUGUAUGCCAAAUGUAAGGCAGGGUAGCUAUAUAAUUAUCGUAAAAAAAUAUAUAUUUUUGAAUAGUCUGAUCUAAAUAGUUUUCUCGUCUCUUUUUAUGACUGUAAAAAGGUGAACUGGUUAGGAAAUUAAAAGUUUUCUCAGGUGAAAAGAAAAGUUUGACAGGAUAAUUUAAAAGUAAAAGUAAAAAAGUAAAAAGUUAUUGACUGACUUACUUUUCUGAGUAAUUUUUAAAAAAAGCUUUAAGCACCACUACCCCAUGUUCUAAAUACAACUAAAAGCAUUAUGGCUUUCUUACAUGGGAUAAUUAUUAUUAUUGUUAUUAUUCACCUGACAAACUUUUUUGCUUCACCUGUUUUCACAAGUGAAAACAAUCUAAAUGAGAUUUAGAAAACUGAUAUACAUACAGUUUUACAUACGCACAAUAUAAAUGGUAUAUAUUUUUACAGAAUGCAGGACAUAUUGAAAUUCAGGUGUAGAGUAUGGGUAUGAAUGUUGUGUUUGUAUGUUUUCUUUUUUAUUUACUGUGAAUAAUCAAAGUAAUGUGUAUGCCUAUGUCUUCAAAAACAUACAUGUACAUUUUCAUCUUAAAUAUUAAGACAAUGAUUGUGAAUAAAUUGGGAUAUGACUUACAAACCAGAAGUCAGUUCAUGUCUCUUUCAGUCCUUUUCUUUUGUGAUUCAUUUUAUGAUAUUUUUUAAUUACUUGUUAGUCGGAGAUGUGCAAAUAGAGUAAAGCAGCAUGAGUCAUGGUUUAAAUCCAUGGUUUUAUCUAAAUAGUUGAUUUUCUGUGGUUCUGUAACACCUAACAAUACAAUAAACACGAGUGAAAGACAUAAAACUUUAUACAC